AUGAAUGCCAGCGAUCCUGCCGAGGUGACUGAGAUUGCCAAAUCCAAGGCAAUCUCCCACGACAUCAGUACCAAUGAGAAAGUCCCAGUAGUCGAUGAUCUGACUAUCGACAAUGCCCCUCCCGUGCGAGAAGGGUCAAUCGAAGGUGACUAUGCUCUGGAUAAAACCUCUCCUACAGAGGAGGAACUGGCCACUUUGCGCCGUGUUGCGGGCAAGCUACCCGUCGCAGCAUACAGUGUUGCCUUUGUGGAACUGUGCGAGCGUUUUUCGUACUACGGUACCACUGCUGUUUUCGUCAACUUCAUUCAGCGACCUUUGCCCGAUCAAUCCACCACCGGUGCCCUUGUUGCAGGUGUCUCUGACUGGAGCAAUGAAUCACCUGGAGCUCUAGGUAUGGGCCAACAGGCCUCUACCGGAUUGACAUUGUUCAACUCUUUCUGGUCCUACAUCAUGCCCCUGUUCGGUGCCAUAGUUGCUGAUCAGUAUUGGGGUCGUUACCGCACCAUCAUGUCCGCCAUUGCCUGUGCGCUCGUUGGACACGUCAUUCUCAUCGUUUCCGCCAUUCCGCAGGUUAUUGAAAAUCAAAAAGGAGCCGCUGCCUGCUUCUCCAUCGGUCUUGUCAUUAUGGGUAUAGGAACUGGUGGUUUCAAGUCCAACAUCUCCCCCCUGAUCGCUGAACAAUAUCGCGACGACAGGCCCUAUGUCAUGACCCUUGCCAGUGGUGAGCGUGUCAUCGUUGACCCAGCUGCCACUAUUUCUCGUAUCUACAUGUACUUCUACAUGAUGAUCAACAUCGGUUCUUUUGUAGGUCAGGUCGCAAUGGUCUACGCCGAGCGAUAUGUUGGUUUCUGGCUCUCUUACCUCCUACCCACCGCCAUGUUCUGUUUAUGCCCUGCGGUAUUGCUCUUGUUCAAGAAGAACUACGUCCUCACUCCUCCCAGUGGAUCAAUCUACGGCAAAGCUCUCAAAGUGUGGGGUUUGGCGCUGAAGGGCAACUGGACUCUGAACCCCGUGCGAUGGUUCCAGAAAUCGGAUAAGGAUAUUUGGGCCGCUGCCAAGCCCAGCCACUUCGGGGCCAACAAACCCGCGUGGAUGGACUUCGAUGAUGCCUGGGUUGAUGAAGUUCGACGAGGACUGAUGGCCUGCAGGGUUUUCUUGUGGUACCCCCUUUACUGGCUCGCCUACAACCAGAUGCUGAACAACCUGACAUCUCAAGCGGCCACCAUGAAACUUGGAGGUGUCCCCAACGACAUCAUCAACAACCUCAACCCCAUUUCACUGAUCAUCUUCAUUCCCAUCUUCGAUCAUGUCGUUUACCCUGCUAUUCGCAAGAUGGGUUUCCACUUCACCCCUUUGAAGCGCAUCACGGCCGGUUUCAUUAUGGCCGCCCUCAGUAUGGUCGUGGCCGCUGUCACCCAACACUACAUCUACAAGUUGGGACCCUGCGGUAGCAAUGCCAACUACUGUCUGGAAGUGGAGCAGAAAUACACCAACAUCUCCGUUUGGAUCCAGGCCCUAACCUACAUCAUGGGUGGUAUUUCCGAGAUUCUUGCAUCCGUAACUUCCCUUGAGUAUGCCUACACAAAGGCCCCGAAGAACAUGCGCUCCCUCGUGCAGGCUGUGUCGCUGCUGAUGAACGCCUUCUCGUCUGCCAUUGGCCAGGCUUUCAUUGGUCUGGCUAAAGAUCCUCUCUUAACUUGGAACUACACGGUAGUUGCUAUACUUGCCUUCCUGGGCGGUGUUGGAUUCUGGGCCACCAAUUACAAGUUGGACGCAGAGGAGGACGCCAUGAAUAUGUUGCCAGACAGCAACUUCACCCCCCAGGCGGUUGUGGAUGAGGAGCGGAGGUGA